CCUGAAUAAUUUUAGGUUAGAGUAGAAAGUUGUUCGUGUUGGGAGUUCAGAACAUCUCUUUACAGUCAUGGAAAACUAGACGGAUACUGUAUUCACCAAUUACAAAGCAGGAGUGCUUUAGCCUAUUACUGUAGUCUUAAUGUGACAUACGUUUGCCGACGAAUACCUUUAUUUCAGAAGGCGAUGUCUGUCAGGCUAAAUAGCUAAGAAGUUUUAGCUGUCUUAACAGCAGCUUGCCAACUUUUGUUUGGGUGAGACGUGACUUGAUCAACAUCUAAAGUAAACCACGCUCGGUGCUGUGGAUUACAACGUUAUCUCUACCGCUUGCUUCUUUAUCGUAGGCUAACGUGACUUAGAAUUUGCGUAUUAUCAUCAACUUACAUUUGGUGUUAUUGUCCUGACAUUUGCCCUGGACGUUAUUCAACGUUGUCAACAUGUUUAUCACUUAGCUGCAAGUACUUGCAUCUUAUGUACCUGGAAGAGCGUUCAUUUGAAAACACCAUAGCGCUAAAGGGGACAAUCUACGUUUUUGCUCUUUUUUGUAAUCGAUUUUCACGUUUGUCCUCAGUCGACGAUUGAGUGUGGACUUGCUGUCAAUGAAAAAUGUCACUCGGGUGCGAGAGACACUACGGGUCCCUAGCUUCUGAUACUAGCAAUGACUCAGUGGUUAGUGGGAGAUCGGCUAGUGGAGUAUUGAGUGGAGAGGAGGAGAAAUUACAUUACAUCCCCAUCAGGAUCUUGGGAAAGGGAGCGUUCGGUGAAGCGACACUGUACAGGCGAACUGAGGAUAACUCUCUGGUAGUAUGGAAGGAAGUAGAGCUCAGCUGCCUCUCGGACAAGAAGCGCCAGGAUGUGAUGAACGAGAUCAGCAUCCUCUCCAUCCUGCAGCAUCACAACAUCAUCGCUUAUUUCAAUCACUUCAUGGACAAGAACACGCUGCUUAUUGAGCUGGAGUACUGUAAUGGAGGAAAUCUGUAUGACAAAAUCAUUCAGCAGAGGGGACAGCUUUUCACUGAGGAGGUUGUCAUCUGGUAUCUGUACCAGAUUGCCUCAGCAGUUUCACACAUACAUAAAGCUGGCAUCCUGCACAGAGAUAUAAAAACAUUAAAUAUCUUCCUCACCAAGACAAACCUUAUUAAGUUGGGCGAUUAUGGAUUGGCUAAGAAAUUAGACAAUGAGUUUUCCAUGGCUGAAACAUGUGUAGGGACGCCAUACUACAUGUCUCCCGAGCUGUGCCAAGGAGUAAAGUACAACUUCAAGUCUGAUAUCUGGGCCAUGGGCUGUGUGCUCUAUGAGUUGCUAACCCUCACCAGAACCUUUGAUGCUACGAACCCACUCAACCUGUGUGUGAAGAUCGUCCAGGGCAACUGGACCAUGGAGGUCAGAUCGGACGUGUACUCCUCCGAUCUCCUUCAGCUGGUCUACAAAUGUCUCGAUCAGGAUCCAGAAAAGAGGCCCACUGCUAACCAGAUUAUGGAUGAACCCAUCAUCUCGUGCGUCAGGCAGAGUUUGGAGGAAAGAGUAGCAGCACUUAACUCUGCUAUAAAGAAGCCCAAGCUGAGCACAGUGACGGAAAGCCCUGUUGCUGUGGUUACCACACGCUCCAGGGAAGUGUACUUCUGGGGUGGAGGCAAGUUCACCCCCCAAAAGCUGGACACGUUCAAGGGCGGCAGCAGUGCACAGCAUGUCUGUGCUGGGGAGACACACUUUGCUGUGGUUACCGUUGAGAAGGAGUUAUACACUUGGGCGAGUGUGCAGAGUGGGGCGAAGAUGGUGGGUCAGUUAGGUCACGGAGACCAGGCGUCGUAUCGGCAGCCGCGCCGCGUGGAGCGCCUGCAGGGGAAGGCCAUCCGCCAGGUGUCCUGUGGGGCGGACUUCACUGCCUGCAUCACCGAUGAGGAGCAGCUGUACCUGUUUGGGUCGGACUACUACGGCUGCAUCGGCGUGGAGAGCGAGCUGGGCGUGGAGGUGCUGGAGCCGGUGCUGCUGGAGUUCUUCACGGAGCGGCCCGUGCAGCAGGUGUCCUGCGGGGACAACCACGUGGUGGUGCUGACCCACAGCCGAGAGGUGUUCUCCUGGGGCUGCGGAGAGUACGGGCGGCUUGGCCUGGACUGUGAAGAUGACUUUUCCUCCCCAAUGCAAGUGGAGCUCCCUAAGAGUGCUACCAUUGAGACUGUGUGUUGUGGUAGUGAUGGGACAUUCUUCGUCACUGAGUCUGGGAAGGUUUUGGCCUGUGGAAACAACGAGUUCAACAAGCUGGGCCUGAACCAGGGCAUCACUGGGCUGAAGCACAAACCCUGGGAGGGAUACCAAGGAGUCCCAUAUACGAUCACACCCACCCUUGUGAAGCAGCUAGCUCGCUUCAAGAUCCAUAUAAUUUCUCCUGGAAAGACCCAUACUGCAGCCAUAGAUGAGAGGGGUCAUCUGAUGACCUUUGGCUGCAACAAGUUCGGACAGCUUGGAGUGAAGGAUUUCAAGAAGCACCAGGAUGUCAAACUGCUCAUGGGGGCUUUUGGGGGAAAGAUUGUCACCAAGGUGUCGUGCGGAGAUGGAUUUACUGUUGCAGCAACUGAGGACAAUCAGAUCUUUGCUUGGGGGAAUGCUGGGAAUGGCCGGCUCGGGAUGCCUCCGCCGGACCGCGGCUUCGGCUCGGAGGUGUGUCCUGCUCUGCCCCGCCCCAUCUUCGGCUCUCUCCAUCACGUGCCCGACCUGUCCUGCCGCGGCUGGCACACCAUCCUGAUCAUGGAAAAGGUCCUCAAUUCCAAAACCAUCAGGUCCAACAGCAGUGGAGUUUCUAUCGGCAGUGGUGUGAGUCACGCGUCCACUGCCUCGGUGGACCUGGAUGUGGACCAGCGUUCAGCAGACACAGAGCUGCGAGAGGGCGCCUUGGGGGGGACCGUGGAGGCGGACAUGGAGGAGAGGUACCUGGACACCUCCAUGAUGUCCAUGGCCAGCCAAACAGGCAAUAGCUCCUGUCCCUUCUGGCUGCGGCAGGAACUAAAGGACGCAGAGUUCAUCCCAAUGCCGGAGAGCUCCAGCUCCGUCUCCAACCCUCUGGCUGCCUCGUACUCUGAGAGCGCGCACCCAACGCUUCCUUACGACGAGCUGCAGGAGCUGAAGGCUGCAGCCGCUGCAGUGAAAGGAUGCUCGACAGACUCAUUGGGGUGCGAGAAGGCUUUUGGAGUGGAGGCAGGUCUCAGAAUGUCCUGCUGCCAAGCCAGCAGUGACCUUGCAGAGCUGAAAGAAGUUGUUAACAGGCAAGACGCAAUGAUUCAGCUGUUACAGAAGCAGUUCAAUGACCAGCUGAAAGAGAAUGAAAAAUUAUGGAGAGCCAUUCAAAAUAUGACAGUCAGCAAUGCUGUUGAUGAACGAACAAAUCAUCUGUCGAGUCCUCAGCCAUGUGAUGACGAAGAGGAGGAGGAGGAGGGAUGAGCCUGCAGGGGAGCCCAACAGUGAGGAAAGUUCUGUUCUACCCUAUUAUGGGGGGAUUUAGACUCUGGCCAAUCAGCUCCCUCUGUGCCUUGGUUGGCAAAGGUCUCAGUAAGCGGUAGGGAAGGAGUGUUGCUUUUCCUCGUAGUUGUGACGGCGGAAAAUGUCCACCACCUACCAGUAAGGUCUAGAAUCUGAUCGGAUUUUUUUUUUUGGCCUUUUCAUUUCAUUCGGAGGGUUGUUUUCAUUCCAUUUCCACUAUAUAUAGAUAAUAUUGCUUGUAUUUUUUUUUCCUUUCAUGAAAAUUUGCAUCAUUUGUGCAACACUUUCAGUGCAUCUUCAUAACAGCACAGCUGUUUGAAUAUACUUGCAGCAAUACUGCUUAUUGCUUAUCUUAAGCGAACAAUACAACUUUUGAAAUUACAGUUUUAAAGGAAUGCAUUUGGAACUUCAUCCUAAUAGGUUGGGUGGUUCGUAGACUUCUUUGUUCUAUGAAAUAUUGUUUUUUUCACCAGCCACAGUGUUACCCUCUUGUAAAAUGUUGCCAUAGUGACAGACUGUAACGGAGAUGCUGCAGUUUUGUUGAAAAGAUAAAAGAAUAGUUUGCAGUAAAAAAAAAGGGGAAAAAAGAGCAUUUUGGACACUUCGUUACACCUCAGAUGUUUUAAGUGGUAAUUCAAUUUGAGUAUCGUUGUCCACAACUUACAUUCACCGUCCAUCGUGUCAUGAUAUACACAGUUAUACGUCACAUGCUGCAGUAACACAUUAUGACACUAUGGGCUUGUUUUUGUUCACUCAGGUGUUAGUUUACCAAGUGGAAAAUAUGGGACAUUGCAGAAAUUACCCUUCAUCGGAGUAUAGGGGACUUUGGAGUCGGUUAUUUACCAAAUUAGUAACUGGUUAUAUAGUUACUGAAUAAGAUGUGGAUAGGAAUGCACCAAAGAAUUAAGGAUUAUUGUCCUCAAUAGCUUUUAAUCUCUGUUGAAAUGUAAAAUGUGCCUUAUUAAGAUAUUAAGUGAUAUUUAUCUUACAGAUGUCAUGAGCAUAUUUGAAUUGUAAAAUUAUGUAUCUGGAGUUGACUAUGCUGAAAAGGGCGUAAAGGUGUCAGAUCGCGACUGUUUUAAAACCCGGUUCACCUUUUGAUGGUGUAACGGUUGUCUAGACUGAUUGUAAGCCUACGGGAGGGGUUUGCCAGCCACAGAUUGUGUCCCAGUUUAAAAUUAUGUUUUCAAGUUGUUUGCAUUUCACAGUGCAGCGACUAGAUUUACUCACUUUUCACAGAACCAACUUACCGUAAGAGAGAGCAAGUACAGUAUGUUUAUUUUCGUUUAUUUUUGUUUACUUUUGUUUACUUCCAUGUGCCUUCUUUUUUUUCCAGUUUAAUGAUGUAUUUUGUCACAGGUAUGUUUGAAUGCCUGGAGUAAGGCCCAGAGCAACUACUGAUGUGGUAGACAGACUUGGCCACGCUAUUUUACACAGUCAAAGACUCUGAAUGUGGUAUUGAGAGGGAGGCGUAUUACAGUUUGUUGUAUAAUGUCUGUGUGCUAGACUCUAGACUGGCAAGUGGAUGAAUUAUGGUUUUAGAAUGACUUGUUACAUGUACUUAUUUUAACAGUGAAACCAAAGAAAGUUAUGGAUAUUAAUAAAUAACACGUAUACAUACACAUACGGUUUUGUGUGAAAAUCAUUUUCACACCACAGCUUUCACUAGAAACUACUUUCACUAGUAACAAAAAAUAAUGAGACACCGUGCAGUAUUGAGAUACAAUAACACCAAAAACAUAUCAACUGGGUUAAGCGUCUAUACAGUAUAAUCUUACAGGCGGGGAAUCAAUCACAGUUGAACCGUUUGUGCCACUGAGAGGCUCAAAAUGCUCUUAAAAGUGCCUUGGUAACAUAGAGACGAUCCCAACUGAGAUAUCAACACCCCUGGUUACCUCACCUAGCAGGAUAAAAAAAAAAACUGAGUUCUCCUUUCAAGCUUCAUGUAAUGUGCCAAACUAUGUGAUCCUCUGGCCAAUGCAAAUGAGACAUUGUUUUAUCAUAUGUUGUAUGUUAACACACUAAUAAAGGUUGGACCUCUCUAAUG